AUGGUCAUUCUGCGACGAUUCUUCAUCGAUAGACUACCGGCUACACUACAGAGUACAGUGUUGCUCGAUGGAAGACAACACAGUCACUUGAAGAAGAGUCUUCGUAUGCGUGUCGGUAACAAGAUUGAACUGUUUGAUGGAUCUGGUAUCAGUGCCAUCGCAGAGAUAGUUGAGAUUGGUCGAGAACAAACUAUUGUAACAGUUGAGUCAAUUGGUACUAGUAGUAGUAGUACAGCCACCGAUGGAAAUGAUGCACACAUAGAGGACUUUGGUCAUCUUCCAAGAUUGGACAUCGCCACAUCACUACCAAAGGCAGCUAGAGGUGAUUGGAUGGUUGAGAAGUUGACAGAGAUUGGAGUGCGAUCACUAUAUCUUCUCGAGACAGAGUACUCUCGCUCGUCCAAAGCAUCAGUGCCCUCAGAGAACAAGAUGGAUAGAUACCAAAGGAUAAUAAUAGAGGCUGCCAAGCAAGCAAAAGUCAAUCGAAUGAUGAGUAUAUACCCAACAGAGCCAUUCAAUAGCUUUGUAAACAAUAAGAUAGUUAAUGGACAUCAGUGGUCACAUGUGAUUGUUGGACAUCCAGGUGGACAACCACUGCCACAACUCUUUGAGUCAAUCAAGAACCAACACCAACAGCGUAUGUCUUCGAUAUCAAAGACAUCGCCAACACAGCAACGGACACAACUACAGCCACCCAGCUUAUUACUCAUGAUAGGACCAGAGGGAGGUUUCACCAACAAUGAGAUUGCCAAGCUAUCACCCCUGGCCAAUGUCUAUCCUACCAACUUUGGCAACACAAUCAUGCGCAUGGAAACAGUGUCGAUCGUCGCCUCUGGAGUCUUCAAUCAGUUCUACAGUUAUCUCUUUCCACCACCUCCGCCAUCAUAG